UUUUAUUUCCAUAAUUAAAGAAUAUGGAUUCGAUUGCGCAUUAAUUAGAUUUGACCGGCGUUGUUCGCAUGACUUCCUUUCUCGACUCAAAAAUCCAGAUUUGUUUUAUUUUUUUUGCUCUCAUUUAUUGCUCGAGAGUUUGAGUUUUGUGGAUCUCAAUGGACAUGGAAGUGAUUAAUGGCAAAGAAUAAUUACUUAAAUUUAUUGAGUGCGACACAUAGUUGGAACUGCGGUAGGGAGAUGAGGCUGCUCGAUUGUGCUCUCUCUCUCUAGAAUGUGCUUUCUCUCUCUAGGAUAUAAUCCUGCACUGAGAUUGAGAGGAAGAUGAUGUGUCCAUAUCUGACUUUUCUCUCUCUUAGUCUCAGUCUUCUUCUGUGAUUAUUAGUUUGUUUGUUUUUUUUGGAAAAAAAGGUGUUGAUUUAGAUUUUAGAGAGAGAUGGGGGCAUGUGUGUCUCGGCCAGAAAAUUGCGUGGGAGGUAAAUUAGGAGGUUCAAGGAAGAAAAAGAGUAGAAAGAGAAGAAAAUCUUCCAAGAGAAGGCAGCCUUCUCAUCCUUCUAAUCGAUCAUCUUCACCUACUGCCAUCAAUCCCACUUCUCAAGGAGGUGUGGAUGAAGCAUGGUAUGAUUCUGCUGCAGUGCUAGAAUCUGACUGUAGUGAUGAUGAUUAUCAAAGCCUUUCUGAUGAUGUGAGCUCCCUUAGUGGCUUUGAUGGUGCUUCUAGAACUGGCAUUGUUUCUCAGAGAGAUCAUGUCUCUUCCCUUGAAGAACCCCAAGAAUCAGGCGGUGGUGUGUGUGAUUUUUCCGGUGAAGCAGCAAGAAGCUCAGUUUCCACUAGUGCUUCUGAUAUCAGUGUGAUGAUAAAUGAUACGAGUGAUGUGCAGCCUGUUUACCUUGAUGAGUUAUCGGGAGCCUCUAGGGAAAACGCUAACAAGGAGGAUAAUUUAUUGGAUAACUGUGGAAUCCUUCCAAACAACUGCUUGCCGUGUCUGGCUUCGACUGUUUCUCCUGUUGAAAGGAGAUCCCUUAGUUUUAGCCCUCCGAGUGCAAGGAAGAAGACAGCCUUGAAGCUCCCACUCAAAUGGAAGGAAGAGCAUACUGCGGCCUCUAAAUUUUCUUCAAAGGCGGUACUGCAACGACCUAUAGCUGGUUCACAGGUUCCCUUCUGCCCCCUCGGGAAGAAAAUACCAGAUAGUUGGUCGGAUAUUGGACCCGAGACAUUCAAGAUUAGGGGAGCGAAUUACCUGAAGGAUAAAAGAAAAGAGUUUGCUCGCAAUUGUGCUGCAUAUAAUCCUUUUGGUCUUGAUGUAUUUUUAUCUCAGAGGAAAAUCAAUCAUGUUGCUCGAUUUGUGGAGCUUCCUGCUGUUCAUUCUUCUGGAAAACUUCCACCUAUUCUAGUUGUAAAUGUCCAGAUACCAUUAUAUCCUGCAACAAUUUUUCAAGGUGAAACAGAUGGUGAAGGGAUAAGCUAUGUUUUGUAUUUCCAGCUUUCUGAAACCUUCGCCAAUGAAGAUUCAGCUCAUUUUCAAGAAAAUAUUAGGAGACUAAUUGAUGAUGAAGUAGAAAAAGUCAAAGGUUUCGCUGUAGACUCUGUGUCGCCUUUCAGGGAAAGACUAAAGAUAUUGGGCCGCAUAGCGAACAUGGAGGACUUGCCUCUAAGUGCUGCAGAGAGGAAACUCAUGCAUGCAUACAACGAGAAGCCUGUUCUUUCUCGUCCUCAACAUGACUUUUACUCUGGUGAAAAUUAUUUUGAGAUAGACUUGGACAUGCAUAGAUUCGGCUACAUUUCUAGAAAGGGGUUCGAGACAUUCUUCGAUAGACUAAAGCUGUGUGUGAUGGAUUUUGGAUUAACAAUCCAGGGUAAUAAAGCUGAAGAGUUGCCGGAACAGAUCUUGUGCUGUAUACGUGUAAACGAAGUUGAUUAUCUAAACUAUCAUCAACUUGGGUUCUUUGAGAAAACCCUUGAAUAGAAGCUUUCUUCCAUUGUUUUGUGCAAGUCUCUACAUCAACAAACUCUGGAGGAUACUACAAAUGCUGAUAUAACCCGGUUUCAGAUGUCCUAAUAAUUUAAACUCAUUGUCAGGUGAAGAAUACCAAAAUACCUGACCAAUCCUAAAUCUUGAGUUGAUGCUAUUGACUUCCAUGACGCAGUCGGACUAGUGAUAUCGCAGUCCGGGUUAUCAAAAUUGGCUUGUCCCAGCAUCAUUUUUAUUGCGAUUUGAGCAACCUCAGCAAACCAUUCGUCUCCGGGCAGGAAACUAAAAAAUCAAACAAAAGUUUUGGAACAGAAUAAAUGUGAUGUUAGAUAGAUAAGAAGCUUUUUCUGAGGAAACUGACCUAUAUGGAUCAAUGUUGUUUGCCUGAACUACUUCAAUAGCUCUGGCAACAACGUUCUACAUCACUUGAUGCAGAUUCCGGGAUAAGUAGUGUCCUUGAGAUGCAAAAAGUAUCACAAAUUCCAUAUCCAAAUAGAACUGCACAAAAAUGCAGAUUAUAAAUCUCUUUGUAAUUGUUGAUUUGAAUUUUAUUGACUGGAAAUGAAAGUAAGAUUAGACC